AUGUUAGAAAACAUAAAAUACAACACGAAGCACAAACUAAACUGCAACAGCUUUGAUACUCAAGCUGGGCUAUCACUUAUCAGCACUCGGGUUUUCCGUUCCAGUCCUCAGUUCGGUGUGACUCUGGCCACAUACGAGCUGCUCCAGAGGCUGCUGAAGUUUGACUUUGGCGGAAGACAAUUGGCGGGAAGUUCGCCAUCUGGACAUUCUCGUCCCAAGCACCACCUCGCCCCUAAAAACCCUGACCACAUCGGGGGCUACCGCCUGGCACUGGCGGCCUUCGAUGGCAUGGAGACCAAGUUUGGCCUCUGUUUCCCUAAGUUCAAGAAAGUUCAACAAUGA